CCCCACCGGGGAAGCGUCCGUGUAUAUAUGCAGCACAGGGGCAGCUCCCAGGCAGGCGGCUCAGGCAGCUCAGCUUCACCAGGAGUCUCUGCAGGACCCACAGCCAAGGAUGAAGCUUUCCACCAUCAUCAUCUUCUGCUCCCUGGUGCUGAGCGUCAGCACCCAAGGAUUGGGAGGGUUCCUCAGGGAAGCUGGUCAAGGGGCCAGAGACAUGUGGAGAGCCUACUCUGACAUGAGAGAAGCCAAUUACAAAGGUGCAGAUAAGUACUUCCAUGCCCGGGGGAACUAUGACGCUGCCCGGAGGGGACCUGGAGGUGCCUGGGCUGCUGAAGUGAUCAGCAAUGCCAGAGAGCAGGCUCAGAGAGUCACAGACCUUUUCAAGUAUGGCAACAGUGGCCACGGAGUGGAGGACUCCAGGGCUGACCAGAGAGCCAACCAGUGGGGCCGCAGCGGCAAAGACCCCAAUCACUUCAGACCUGCUGGCCUGCCCAAAAAGUACUGACUCCUUCUCUGUGCUCCCAGGCCGGGGGCUGUGAGCCGCUCAGGGCCGGGACAUCGAGUGGUUGAGGUCUACAUACCCAUAAUAGAGGGCACCUAAUGAGUGCAUAAUAAAUGCUUCAGAUGCUGAA